AUGACGUUUUGGAACAAAGCAAGGGAAAGUGAUGGGAUCUGCAACAGAGCUGUGGUUGUGUCUGUUAAAGACUUUGACCCUGGAGUGGAAUUGACCAGGCGGCCAGGGGUUGGUCGUGAUGCCCAGCGGCUCCAUAGAGUGCUCAGCCGACUUGGCUUUAAAGUGGACAUUCACAGUGACCUGACAGCAGAGGAGAUCUACACUUUAUUUAACACAGAGAGCAAAAAGACUGUUGACAACUGCUUCAUUGGCAUUAUUUCAACGCAUGGAGAAGAAGGAGUGGUCUUUGGGGCAGAUGGCAAUGGCGUGAGACUCUCUCGGAUCUUUGGGUUUUUUGAUAGCCCCAUCAUGGUUGAUAAGACAAAGCUCUUCCUUGUGCAGGCUUGUCGAGGCCAUGAGUUAGACAGUGGAGUUGAAACGGACGCAGUCUCCAUAUCAGAUGAAGAUGAUAAUCUCUCAGACUACCUCUCCAUUCCUAUCAACACAGCUGUCAUGUACGCAACAGCUCCAGGAUACAGUGCCUUCAUGCACCCAUUGGGCUCAGUCUUCAUCCAGACCUUCUGCAACCUUCUGGAAGAGGACGGAGGUCAUGACCUGGAGAUAACUCGUCUCAUGACACGACUCAAUUACCAGGUCGCUUACCACUUCCAGGCGAGGGGGAAGACGCUGGCGGGCAAGAAAGAGAUGCCAUGUUUUGCAACGCGACUCACCAAAGAGGAGUACCCCUUCAGAGACUCCCAGAGGAGUGCCGAGGAGCUGAGUGGAAAGCUUGCCACCACAACAUUGGUGGAGGACUCUAGUAAGGCACGCAAGCGCUCCAUCAGCUAAAAGAACAAGCUGACAAGAGCACCUGAUUCGUGGCUGUAAAUACCUCUGUCAUCAUGUGUAAAGUUGUAUUUCCUCGCCAUGGGUCUUCUCAUUGUAAAUUCUUUAGACCUCCACACAGACACAUCUUGCAGAAGGUUUAUAUCCUUGCAUGC